CGCACGGCUCCUCCACCCCGACCUUCCUCUCGCUUUCGCCCCCGCCCCCGCCCCCUUGCCGCCGCCGCCGCAGCGAUUCUCCGAGCCGAGUCCUUGCUUUGACCAGCCGCGUCUCGCCGCCGGCCGGGGGAGCGUCUUCGGCGGGGUAGCUCCGGCAAUCGAUCGUAGCCGGGGGAUAAAGUGGGCUCCGUAGGGGAGUCCUAGGGGGGGGUGACAGGGGGGUUAGAUCGGGCAAGAUGAACCGCUCAAUAUCCUCCGCCGUGACCCCUGCUGAUGCUGCCGCUAACCCUAGGUUUCCUACUCUUUUGCCCUUAUCUCACCCGACCGAUAUUCUUUUUCUCCUCAUCGAUAUUGAAGUAGUCUAUGCUCAGAGGUUCCUCCAUUAGCUUAGUGUAAAUAUUAGACUUGUUGGGGUUUAGUUUGCUAGAAGGAAUUAGUCUCUGCUUGGUGUUCAUUUCUGCUUGCUACAAUGGCUGCGAUGAACGAAAAGGUGUUGGCUAAAUGUGGACAGAAUAUAGUUAGCCUCAAGAGGAAGCGGGACAGCCCCGCUGCAUAUCAUGCUGAUGCCUGCCACACCUCUCAAUCGCAUCAGCAUCCUACUGGAAACUCUGAUAUCAGGUUGUAUGUUGGUGAAGAUCGCAAGGCGAACAUCGCGUGCCACUUCAACAAGCAGAUUUUACAGAGCUAUCAGAACUACAUGACCAGUGCAUCACCUAAGCGUAUUCUGCUCCGCCAAAGUGGCAACUGGAAAGAAUUUCCAGAAAAAAUUGUCAAGCUGGCUCAAGUUGAUUUCCGGACAAAGAAGACCAUCACAGAAGUAGGAUACCAGAACCAGCUAUUUUUGCUGGACUUUGUCCACAUGACAUUCAUUGACUCAAAGUCAGGUCUUCAGAGGCCAAUCGCCUGGAUUGAUGACAAUGGAAGGCGUUACUUCCCAGAAGUUCUUAUUGAAGAUCAGAUAGUAUAUAGGAGGAAAGAUUUUGGCAAUGGAGAUCAUGUCUAUGUUAUAGCUGAGCCUAAUGGGGCACGUCAAAUAAAUGACCAGUAUGGAGCAUCAGAGAGUUCCGCAGAAAGCUCAAACUUUGAGUCCAGUACUGAAGAGGUUUCCAGUGCUAAGAGAGUUAGAGCUGAGAAGAGUAUCAUCAGGAAAAUAAAUUGUGAUCGUAGAGAAACUGUGGGAGAGAAUGAACCACACACUUCGCUGCCUGCAGUCUUUAGUUGUCAACCACAGCAAGAUAAGCUGGGCGGGCAAUCACGUGCUCAAGGAACUACCUCUGUUGUGCAGAAGAUGUUGCUGCAGGGAAUGGGUACUGCUAUUGGUUCCAAGGAUAUUAUUGGAAUCCACCGAACGCCAUUCUUGAAUAAUUAUAGAGAAGACCGCUAUGAUCUCUUCCAAAAGCAGGUAGAGAUUACUAAAUCUCAGCAUGGUAAUGCAAAUGUGCGUUAUGCUUGGCUUCCUUGCUCGAAAGCUGCUGUGGAUGAAAUGAUGCUGAAUGGCACCUUGCAAGUUAAAAAGCCCACUAGGUGUCCACCCUAUGGAACUGGCGUACUCCUUGCACCAGCUAACUGCUCCAUUAACUGUGUGAAUUACUCUGAUGUUGAUGAAAAUGGCAUCAUCUAUAUGAUGUUGUGCCGGGUUGUAAUGGGGAACGUAGAAAUAGUUCACCAUGGAUCUAAGCAGCACCAGCCUAGUAACGAGUAUUUUGAUAGCGGUGUAGAUGACCUAAAAAACCCGCAGCAUUACAUUGUAUGGGAUAUGAAUCUGGAUAGUCACAUCUAUUCUGAAUUUGUAGUCACCAUCAAAUUGCCAUCUAAAGCCAAAGAUUCCCUCUUCACACAAGAAGAUUGUCACGAUUCAUCUGAUGCUUCACUGGUCUUGAGUCCAAGUUCGGCCGACAGUGUAUCACAGGACAUGAAUCUUGAGGCAUCUCCAGCAUUGGGUGGUCAGUAUGAAGCCCCCAUGUUAGGAGGAUCAAUGGCAAAAGCUCCAAGUACACCUUGGAUGCCCUUUUCCAUGUUAUUUGCAGCUAUUUCAACCAAACUUCCUCGCGAGAAAAUGGACAUGAUCAAUAACUGUUAUGAAGAAUUCAAGGCCAAGAAAAUAAGCAGAAUUGACCUAGUGAAGAGGCUGCGUCUCAUAGUUGGUGACAGAAUGCUGGUCUCCACAAUAAUUCGGCUCCAAGAUAAGUUGCCUCCGAUGGUGAAGCGGGAAGCAGCAAAUGCUCCAGUCAAGGCACGAGGUCAGUGACCAUGGUGGAUUGGAGGAAGGAACUGGUCGGCUUGUUAUCAUGAGUUGGAAGGAAUGUAGUCUUCUGAGUUUAUAUGCGUCUGUCUGUGAAUCUGCCGCUCUGUCUGUCUGUCUGUUUUAGUAGCUGCAAAGAGGAAACUGUCCGAGUAUACUUGUGAACCUAAGAUGGUUUCAAGGGAGAAGGCUCCUUGUUUACCCUCCUAGUUUGGUUUUUGUCCAAUCAACAUUGAGUUUAGUCAAUAAAUCGUCAUUUUCUGUUAAUUUUC